AUGGCCGAGUACUGGAAGUCCGCACCUCGCUUCUGGUGCAAACAAUGCAAGGUCUUCAUCCGCGACACACCCUUCGAAAAGACCCAGCACGAAGCCAGUCCAAAACACCAAAAUAGUCUCAGGCGCUUCCUCCGUGAGAUCCACAGAAACAAUGAGCAACAAGAAAGGGAGUCACAGCGAGCGAAGAGUGAGGUCGAACGAUUGCGACAGGCCGUGGCGGGCGGGUCCUCCAAGACCGGGAACGCCUCUGCGCCUUGGAAGAAGACCGCCGCGCCAGCACCCAUGCCCGCUGAACGACCGGUCGGUGUAGAGGAAAGAAAGAAGCAGAUGGCACAAUUGGCUGAAAUGGGUGUGGCGAUUCCAGAGGAGUAUCGCAGAGACAUGGCUCUGGCUGGUGAAUGGCAGACGCUCUCGGAGACCCAGAUCGACCCGCAGGCGGGACUAGAAGGCGCUGCAAAGUCCAUCGGAGUGCGCAAGCGCAAACAUGAUGGUGAGGAAGAUGAAGAGGAGGAGGGUGGGAAUCCGUCCGAGCAACUUGUGAGCAAAGGGUGGGGCUCGAGGAUGAGGUCCUACCCCGGUGCCCAGGAUGGCGACGACGAGGAUCUGGAUGCUCUAUUUGCAUCCACUAAGGACCUGAAGAGGUCCAAGGUCCCCGUUGCGGACGAUGAAUCAGAGGAGCUAAAAUCUGAAGAACAGAAGUGGGACCUUGCUCUAUCCAUGAAGAAGGAGGAUGAAGCUCUCGAUUCCAAGACCCUGGAGACGGACAGCCUAGCUCAAGUCAAGGCAGAAGAAAUUGGCAAUACACCCGCCACAGUGACCGACGAGAAGCCGAGUGAAGAAGCCCCUGGGCCUAUUUUUAAGAAGCGCAAGGCGAAGGUCAUGAGGAAAUGA